GAGAGAGAGAGAGAGAGACAGAGAGAGGGAGUUUUUUUUCCCGCGUGAUGUCUCCGUUGCAGCUGGCCGUGUACUGGCGCCUCUCCCUGGUCUUCUCCUUCACUUCUUUUCUCUUCUUUCUCGACAUCUUCACGGCCGCCGUCGUCGCGGACACUUGUCGCCGUGGCAACGGCAACGGCAACGGCACCGGCACCGGCGCGCGGCCACCACCGCCGCCGCUGCUUCUGCUGCUGCGUGGGACAUCUGCGCCGAACGCACGGAGCAACCAAUCACAGCCCGGGGAAGUCUCAGAGGCUGGAGAUGAUUGGAGGAAGGAGAGCGGACAGCAGGACUCAGUGUGUGAUUGGACAGACUGGUUGUCUUACAGUCAGACAUUCUUCAUGGUCGGCCUCCUGCUGGGAUCUCUGUUUGGAGGGGCAAUAUCAGACAGGUACGGGAAGCGUCCGGUGCUGCUGGUGUGUGUGUGCGUGCACGCCGUGUGCGGCCUCGUGCCCGCCGUUCUUCCUCAGCCCUUCGUCUUCCUCGCCGUUCGCUGUCUGACGGGCGUCUGCUGCUGCUGCAUCAACAUCUGCUCCUUCAGCCUGGCGGUGGAGUGGACGCUGCCCGCGGCGCGGCUCUGGCCGCCGGCCGUCCUGCCGUUCUGCUUCAGUUUGGGAACGAUGGGCGGAGCCCCGCUGGCCUGGCUCAGCCAAUCAUGGACCAGGCUGCACCUGUCGCUGGCUCUGCCGCAGCUCGUCUGUCUGCCUCUCUACUUGUACGUCUCACACACCUGUCUGUCUGCCUCUCUACCUGUACGUCACACCUGUCUGUCUGCCUCUCUACCUGUCCACAGUCGUCUACCGGUGUCUGUACCCACACAACGAUUGAAAGAGGGCGGUGGCCACACCCCCUCUGACAUCAUCCACCUGAGACAUCCCACCGUCCUGCUGCGCCUCUUCAUCAUGAGCUACCUCAGGUAACGCACACAGACAG